AUGGGUCAAAUACACCAGAAGUACUUGUCCGAUGUCCGUGUCUUUGGUUGUUCCAAGUGCCACACCCAUCUUGCUACUGUUUCCAGCGUCCUCUCCAGGGCCUUCACCGGGCAGCAUGGCAGAGCUUACUUGUUCGAUAUGGUGGUGAACGUUGAGCAGGGCGAUCCUUCCGAACGUCAUAUGACAACGGGCCUUCACACCGUCCGUGAUGUAUUCUGUAUCAAGUGCGGCACAACUGUUGGCUGGAAAUACGACAAAGCCCAUGUGGAGAGCCAGAAGUACAAAGAAGACAAGUAUAUCCUCGAGCGUGCUUUAAUUUGCGACGUGGAGGAUUAG